AUGGCUUCCAGAAUAAUCAACAUCAGUGAAGACAUAUUUGCUGGAUUCAAUUGCACGUUGCAGGGUGGCAAUGUGACGCAUCAUGAAUACAUUCAGGUUGGUAAGGGAAGGAAUGUUGGAUUUAAUCAGAUAUCAAAGUUUGAAGGGAAGGUUGCAAGCGGCAAUGGUGAGCAGGUUUUGAGCAGGGAUAUCUACCGGUUGGGGCAUAGGCUGGAUUUCUUCCGGAUGCUCUCAUUCUUUCACACCACAAUUGGAUUCUAUUUCAACACAAUGAUGGUGAUCUUGAUAGUCUAUGCAUUUUUAUGGGGCCUCCUUUAUCUUGCUCUAAGUGGCAUUGAAGCUGCUAUGAUGGAGAAUUCUAACAAUAACAAAGCUCUUGGCACAAUCUUGAAUCAGCAGUUCCUCAGCCAGAUGGGUCUUUUCACUGCCCUCCCAAUGAUUGUGGAAAACUUUCUUGAGCAUGGAUUUCUUAAAGCAAUAUGGGAUUUCUUGAUGAUGCAGCUUCAGCUUUCAUCUGUCUUUUACACAUUUUCUAUGGGAACUCGUACACAUUUCUUUAGCCGGACCAUCCUUCAUGGUGGUGCAGGGUUUCAAGGAAUAGGGCGUGGUUUUGUUGUGGAACAUAAGAGCUUUGCUGAGAACUAUAGACUCUAUGCUCAUUCUCAUUUUGUGAAGGCAAUUGAGCUUGGGGUGAUACUAAGGGGAGGUUCGCAUGCGGAAGGGGAGAGGUUCUCACGCCGGAGAGAAGAGGUUCGCACGCCGGUCAGCUUUCUACCUGAGAAUCGCACACCAGAGGGCACGAUUGAGUUGCAGGUUACCUUCUUCUUCCUUCUUCUUGUUCGACCCUAUUUGAGUGAGUGA